AUGGUGUUGCGGAACAAGCCCCCCAGAUGGCACGAGCAGCUGCAGUGCUGGUGCCUCAACUUCAGGGGCCGAGUGACGGUGGCGUCAGUGAAGAACUUCCAGCUGAUCGAGGGGGGCGGGCCGGGCAACGACUCUGACAAGCCGGUGCUGCUGCAGUUUGGGAAGAUUGGCAAGGACACAUUCACCAUGGAUUACAGAUACCCGCUCACUGCGUUCCAGGCGUUUGCCAUCUGCCUCAGCAGCUUUGAUACCAAAGUGGCGUGCGAGUGA